AUGUCAACGAACAACGCCUCUCUUGAGGCUGCAGCCACAGAGCGCAAAGCCCGACUUGCCAAACUUGCUGCCCUUAAAAGGAAGCAGCCUGAGCCUGAGCCACUAGUCGAAGUUGUUGCAGAAAAGCACGAAUUACCAGCAGAGAAUCAAGAUAUUACGCGGACAUAUCUUUCGGGAAGAAACUACGAUGCUGAAACGCGGGGCCCCAAACUGGGAUUCGACCAGGCUCCAAUAGAAGGACAGAAUACACUCGAGCAACAGGCAGCAGAGAUAGCCAGGACGGCUGCGGAACAAACAAAAAGGGACGAGGAAGCCGAACAGCCUAUGGAUUUAUUCAAACUUCAGCCCAAGAAGCCAAACUGGGAUUUGAAACGUCAUCUAGACGAGAAAAUGCGGGUAUUGAAUGUUAGAACAGAAAAUGCAAUUGCGAGAUUGGUUCGGCAACGGAUUGAGAAUGCACAACGCGAAGAGAAGGCGAAGGCGCGGAACAGAAACGCGGACGAUCAGGGUGAAGACGUUGGGAUUGGAGGAGAGGCGCUGGUCGAAGGUAUCCAUGUUCGCGAACAAGAGGGGGCUGCCGAACGGGAAGACGACGAUCUGAUCUGA